CUGACCCGUGAUGUAGACGCCUAUCUCGGUAAACCGUACGCCGAGCCACCCAAAGAUUUAAAUAAUUAAUUUUUAAAAAGCCAUAUAUGGUCAGACCAAAAUCGCACAAACCUUUUCAGGAAAAUCAUCUAUGGCCAGUCUCAAAUUAAGCAGUAAUGUCAACAUUAAUUCACAAUGACGUACUGUAACCAGGGACCUCGCUUUGUGGCAACUUUUAAUGAAUAUUCAGUUAUUAUAAGCUGUUUACAGAGAGCCGAUGGGGCGGAGCCAUUACGUAAUAAAUUUGCUAUUUGAAUAUUCAUUCACCAUAAUCCGACUCGAGACGAGUCUAUGUACUUAUUAGGAGCACCCCGUGGCAGCAUAGGCGACUCGCAUUCACUAUAAAUAAACACAAAAUUAUGUGACUGGACAAAGGUACAUAAGGUUCAUGUUGAUAUCUCCAUGCUUUACUUCUGUGAUUGUGUCUCGAAGCUUUGUGCAGCAUGGAGCUUUGGUUGAUUUGUUUUUUAUGCUUGUCCCUUCGUCUUGUGACAGCCUCAGCCGAUGACCCUCCCGUAGUGACGACCAGCCAGGGCCGGAUCACCGGCACCACCCUGCAAUUCCGUCCCGUGGUACACCCCGAACUGGCCCGGGAUGUAGAUGCCUACCUCGGUAUACCGUACGCCGAGCCACCCGUCGGUCCGCUACGCUUCAAAGCCCCCGUAGCAAAGUCAUGGAGUGGCGAGCUGAAGGCCACGAAGCUCGGAAAUCAGUGUCCACAACCAGUAAUGCCACUGGUGAAGAACUUGACACUCACUGGUCCUUUUGACGAAGACUGCCUUUUUCUUGACGUUUUUGUUCCUCAGUCACUGCCUGCCAAUGCAGCCGUUUUGGUCUACAUCCAUGGCGGCGGCUAUCAUGUGGGGGCGGGCGUCAUGGGAGAACCUUUCUACCCGACUGCAACUGCUUGUGUUGGUGACGUCAUCGUUGUCACAAUCAACUAUCGACUGGGGGCUCUUGGAUUUCUGUCUUCCGCUGAUGACGUAAUUCCCGGUAACUUUGGAUUGUUGGAUCAGAGGCGCGCUUUCGAAUGGGUCCGAGAUAACAUACACGCCUUUGGCGGUGAUCCCAAGCGAGUUGCUAUCUACGGACAGAGUGCCGGCUCUGGGGCCGUGAGUCUUCACAUGAUCUCACCGGGGAGUGCUGGGCUCUUUCGCGGCGCUAUAAUGGAGAGUGGUGAUUCUACUGCAUCCUGGUCACAAAUGUCUCCCAAAGUCGGUCGAAAACUUGCCUAUGCCAUGGGAAAAGAAGUCGGCUGCAACAGUGAAACUUCGGGGGAGCUACUUGAGUGUCUCCAGAAGGUGGAAGGUACCGAUGUCUUCGUUGAAAACCAGCAGCUUCUUCAAUCUAUUGGCGAGGGAGAAAUGGUGUUCUUCGCACCGACCGUAGACGGAGACUUUCUUCCUUCCAAAUCAGAAGAACUUCUUGAAAAGGGCGCCAUCAACAAUGCCGUCACCAUCAUCGGGGCAAAUGGUGAUGAGGGAAUGAUGAUGACGAUGAUGCUGUUCCCAAACAACACAGCAGACGACGAUGAGCCGUUCCUGGACAGUGCCGCAUUCGAUGCGUCUGUACCCAUGUGUUCCAUGAUGAUGAGUCCAGAGCCAAUCGUCACCAAACUUUUCAAGAUGGCGUACACUGACGCCAAGUGCGCUGUGGGACCUGAAUGCAAUCAUCUAGACGCCCUCUCGCAGGUCUGUGGGGACCUCAUGUUCGUGUGCCCGGGUGAGAAGAGCGCCAGGGCGUUCACCAAGGCGGGACGUAAAGUGUACCGUUACCACAUGACCCACGUCCCGACUACAACCUUACUCGGCCCGAAGUGGACCAAAAGCAACCACGGUGACGAGAUGUCAUUCAUCUUCGGCUCUCCUCUCAUGGGUUUUGAAUCCUAUGUAUUCAAUGAGGACGAGGUCCGUAUGUCCAUCAAGACCAUCACGUACUGGGCCAAUUUGGCAAAGACUGGAAACCCAAACCUUUCUUCAUUGGACGCUGAGCUGACAGACGAAGAGAAAAAGACAGAAUGGCCACUGUUCACCGUUGAGGGACUCGAAUAUAAAGAAUUGACCCCAGAGAUGCUAAAUGGGCGUGGCAUCAAGGCUCAAGAGUGCCGCUAUGUAAACGAGUUCAUCCCUGAACUUAUUAAAUCUCUGGAGGAAGCACGGAAGGGCGAAGCAGCGGGCGACGUAGCUAACAAAUGGACCCAAGAUGGCGACCCCUCCAGUGAGACCUGCACGGACGAUAAGUGCCCUGGGGAAUAAGAUGCCCUUUUAUAAGAUGGUGUCGUUCUUAUACGUGAAAAAUGAAUGUAAUUUUAUACUUUGUAGAAAUUAAGAAAUACAAAUCUCUUUAGAAAAAAUGGAAGAUGUACGUGAGAUGUGAGAGGGAAAUACAAGAGUGGACUGCACCUGGACGGAAGAGUCUUUCUCGAAAGCUAAAAAAUAAACCUUUAAAGAAAAGGUUUUGAAACCAUUUGGAAUUUGUAUCUUAAAGAUGCCCACAUUAGCGUACGGUUCCAUUAUGUAUUCCAGUUGGGUUUUCAUGCCAAAAUGGAUUUCAUCGGCCAACUUUGUCAAUUUGGAAGUGCUGAUUUCAAAAAAUUAAGUACCAUUUGUUUUUUAUGGCGUCUUCAGCCGCCAUUUUUAAUUUCAAAGUGGUUGCCAUUUUUCAUUAUAUUUUUAAGAGUAAAAAAAUGGCGGCACUACCCAUGUUUAUGAUAACUUACACAAGUCUGACCAAAUAGGAUUGUUUUUAACUUGUAGUAACAGUUCAAUAAAGUCUUUCAU